UGUCAGAACUGAGGAAAUGAAAUGGCAGUGUUGAUGGAAACCAAACCCCAACCUGUGCCAUCAGGUGAAGCUCUACCAUCGAGACAUGUCCUGCUACAGCCCGUGCGUGCCCUGCCAGCCCUGCGGCCCGACCCCGCUGGCCAACAGCUGCAAUGAGGCCUGUGUCAGGCAGUGCCAGGACUCCAUCGUCGCCAUCCAGCCCUCCCCCGUGGUGGUGACCCUGCCUGGCCCCAUCCUCAGCUCCUUCCCUCAGAACACCGCCGUGGGCUCCUCCACCUCCGCUGCCGUUGGCAGCAUCCUCAGCUCCGAGGGAGUGCCCAUCAACUCCGGGGGCUUUAGCCUCUCCGGCUUGGGCCUCUCUGGCUUGGGCGGCCGCUACUGUGGCAGGAGGUGCUUCCCCUGCUAAAGCUGCU